AUGGCCUUUCGAACCCCUCUUGGAAGUGGAGUCAGAACUCCUCCCAGCCGACAGAACUCAGUGGACACUCGAAAUGAAGUCCACGUCCAAAUGAACCAUUACAUUGGCAUCGACGUCGGUACCGGUAGUGCACGGGCAUGUAUCAUCAACGAAGCAGGUGAUAUCGUGGGCCUAUCAUCAGAGAACAUUGGCCUUUGGCAGCCUCAAACGGGAUACUACGAACAAUCCACCAACGACAUCUGGCGCUGCAUCUGUAUCUCGGUUCACCGCGCCAUCACCCAGAACAACAUCGACCCUCACUCGAUUCGAGGCAUCGGAUUCGACGCUACCUGCUCCCUGGCGGUCUUCACGCACGACACAGACGAACCCGUGUCCGUCACAGGACCGGACUUUGACCAAUCCGGCAACGACCACAACAUUGUCCUCUGGCUCGACCAUCGCCCCGUCGAGGAAACCCAAAAAAUCAACGCCACCAAGCACAAUCUCCUCCGCUAUGUCGGUGGCACCAUGAGCAUUGAGAUGGAAAUCCCCAAGGUUCUGUGGCUCAAGAACAACAUGCCCAAGGAGCUCUUUGCCCGAUGCAAGUUCUAUGACCUAACAGAUGCCUUGGAACACAUUGCGACUGGAAAUGAGAAGAGGAGUUUUUGCUCUGUGGUGUGCAAGCAGGGCUACGUCCCUGUGGGGGUGGAUGGGAGCGUUAAAGGCUGGCAAGAAGAUUUUCUGAAAGAAAUUGGACUGGAAGAUCUCGCCGAGGAUAAUUUCAAGCGGAUGGGGGGCGUCAACGGGGUGAACGGCGAGUACCUCUCUGCCGGAGAGCUAGCUGGGUACCUUUGCGAACGAGCUGCCGCCGACCUGGGACUUCCUGCAGGCAUUGCGGUGGGCAGCGGCGUCAUCGAUGCCUACGCUGGCUGGAUCGGAACGGUGGGGGCCAAAGUGAACCUCUCCGCCGAUAAACUCGACGAUUCUGCACCUGCAAACGACCAGUCCCAAGCAUUCACCCGUCUCGCCGCUGUGGCCGGUACAUCCACGUGCCAUCUCGUCAUGUCGAAGGACCCCGUCUUCGUGAACGGAGUCUGGGGACCCUACCGAGACAGCAUCAUCCCAGACUACUGGAUGGCCGAAGGCGGCCAAUCCGCGACCGGUGAACUGCUCAAACACGUCCUCGAAACGCACCCGGCGUACAACCAGGCCGUUUCCAUGUCUCAGUCCAGUCACCGGAACAUCUACGACUUCCUGAACCAGCACCUGCUAGACAUGCAGGAGAAAAUCCAAGCGCCGAGCAUCAGCUACUUGGGCCGACAUUUCUUCUUCUACGGCGACUUGUUUGGAAACCGGUCGCCGAUCGCCGAUCCGACCAUGUCCGGCUCCGUCGUGGGAUUGUCGAGCGACAAGUCCUUGGAUGGCAUGGCGCUCUACUACUACGGCACCAUGGAGUUUAUCGCCUUGCAGACACUGCAGAUCAUUUCGACGAUGAACAAAGCCGGACACAAGAUCUCUUCCAUCUUCAUGUCCGGAUCACAGUGCCAGAACGACAUCUUGAUGUCCCUGAUCGCCACGGCGUGCGAUAUGCCGGUCCUGAUCCCUCGCUACGUGCACGCGGCCGUUUGCCAUGGUGCUGCCAUGUUGGGCGCCAAAGCCGCCAGUGCCGAUCCCAACGGCAAGACCGAGGAUCUCUGGAGCAUCAUGGACCGCAUGAGCAAGCCGGGAAAGGUCGUUAUGCCCACGGAAAACAAGAGUGUGAGACCUCUGCUUGAUGUCAAGUACAAGGUGUUCUUGGAACAAUGUGAGCGACAGAGAGUGUUCAGGAAGAUGGUGGACGAAGUGGUGAAUGCAUCUUGA